GGGGCAGAAUAGCGGGGAAGCGGAGAGAAAGAGCGAGCAAGAAAGGGAGGCAAAGCGCGAGAGAGAGAAAGAGCAAGAGAAGCGCUCGCCGUGGCAGGAACAAUCGGGUCGCGUCGCGUCACCGGGUAUACGGAGCACCGCUGCGAGCGGCACCACGAGACCAGGCACGGAGCCACGAAUUUGGUGAUCCAGCACAACCUGACCCACGACCACCGCACGUAUACCCUCGCUUUUGACAUCGGCGGCGGUGGUGGCGGCGGCGGUGGUAGUAGUAGUGGUGGUAGUGGCGGCGGCGGCGGCUGCGGUGGCGGAGUGUGCGUGCCAGUGGGAAAGGUAAGAUGGCGGCGGACGGAGAUGCGGUGAUUCCGGAUCAGGAAAAAGUGCGAAUAGUCUCGGAUUUUAUACUGCACUCGCCGCCGGGCGAGUUCAACGAGGUGUUCAACGAUGUGAGGGUCCUGCUGAACAACGACAACCUGUUGAAGGAGGGCGCGUCCGGUGCGUUCGCACAGUACAACAAGGACCAGCUCACGCCUGUUAAGAUAGAGGGGAGCGACCACCCAGCACUCAUAACAGAACAUAAUGAUCUGGGUUCUCAAAGGUUUUAUGACACGCGGAGUAAGCAAAGUUUUAAAUAUGAUCACUUGAGGAAGGAAGCACAAGAUUAUGAACCUUACGAACCAGAUCCUGUAGCGGAACCUUGGAGGUCAGCCCUUCAAGAGGAAAUAACGAAUUAUACUCAAAGUCAUUACAGACAUGGCGCUUGCUCAGUUUUCGGCAAAUCGCUUGGAGGAAACAUAACGCUAACGGCAUGCAUAGAGGAUCAUCAGUUUCAACCUAAAAACUUUUGGAACGGCCGCUGGCGUUCGGUAUGGAGCAUAAGUUUUACCCCGAAUUCGGAUAACGCCGAGUUAAGAGGUAGCCUCAAAGUACAAGUACACUACUACGAGGAUGGGAAUGUACAGUUGGUCAGUAGCAAAGAGGUUAAGUUGAGCCUGCUGAUCUCCAACGAGAAGCAAACGGCGAAGGACUUAAUACGGUUUGUCGAGGAGUCAGAGAACGAUUAUCAAACGGCAAUCUCGGAAAACUAUCAAACGAUGUCCGACACCACCUUUAAGGCGCUGCGAAGGCAACUGCCAGUAAUGCGAACAAAAAUUGACUGGAACAAAAUUGUUUCGUACAGUAUUGGCAAAGAGCUUAAAAGUCAAUAGAAAUAGAUUUUUUUAUAUAAUAAUAUUAAAAGAAAUAAUUAAAAGGAAAGCGCAUUUUGCUGCAUGAGUGAAGUCUGGAGGUGUGAUGUGCAUGGGAGCAAAAUGUAACAUUAUUGAAUAAUGUCUGAUUAGAGACACUCGACUCAUGCAUGCCACUCAAGGUUCCUCUCGACUCCGUAUUGUAUGUUGUUAUAAGAAGCAAUAAAAAAAAACAAGGUUAAAGGGAAGCCAACACUUUCGGCGUUGUCAAUUAUAUCAAAAAGUUUGUUACUUUCAAAUCUGGAUUAUAUAUAUAUAUAUGGUUUGUCUGAGUAAUUUUACUUAAAUUCUUUCGGUACGUGACAACAACGUUAAUGAAUGGCUUGAAAACAAAAACUUUCGCAUUGUUUCAAUUGAGCGCCUCGAUUGUGUAAACAUUUCGAAAGUAAUCGACGAUGGAACCUUCGUGUAAAUCGCGUUGUUUUUUUUCGCUUCGUUAGCUCUUCGUAUCAUCUUUCUCAGAAACGAUAUCCAUGAUAUUCGCAUUGUGCAGCAUAGUGCAAGGUAUAAUCUUUAACUUCGAAUGGACAUGGGACGAUAAAAGUAACUGUCGAAGUAAAAGAUCUAUUCACUAUUUAUAAUGGGGUAUUGGGGAUCCUUGCUCUUAUGUUAAGUGAUUAAAUUGAAGUUGAAUUCAAUGUGUUGAAUAACUUGAGAUUGUGAGACACACACAGAUAGCGAAAAUAAAUUUGAUCUAUAAUCAUGUAGACUUGUGAGAAGUAAUGAGAGCAGAUGGAAGCAGUUUCUCAAUUAAAAUGCAAAACUUGUAAAUUCCUGCAAAACUUUAUCAAGAAGAUAAUGACAUCAGUGAUAAUCGACGAUCGUGUUUACUCAUUACUUUUUAUUUGUGUAACGUAUUCCUUAUCUUUUUCUAAGAGGUACUUAUCGCAAACGAGAGACAAAUUAGCGCAAAAAAUGUCAGUCACUGAGGUUAUUAUAUUCGACCGAUAAUUUCAUCGAUACAACUACAUCGAUCUGCUCUAGCACAAUUUAUCUAUCACUUGAUAGUUCACCCUGACUCGAAGCGAGAAAUUGUUUGAAUCGUUACGUAAUCAUGUUCGCGAUCCAUCUCUCAAUCGAGCACUCAGAACAUACGACUUGUAUACAUUUUUACUUUACCAGCGCGAUUGUGAAACGAGAGUCUGUAUAACGCAAAAUAUUAUACAAUACAACAGAAAGUUUUCUUACGGAUGCGCCGAUGCGAUAAUAAAAAAUAGAGAAAUUAAGAGUUUACAUCAGGUACAAGAAAAAAAAGGACCUCUUUAGACUGAUUCGUUUUGAAGAAAAAGAGAAAUCUCCCGUAACGAUUUAAGCCUUAGAGCACUUAAAGCAGCGCGAGUGACCACAUGUAGCGCGUGUAAAAAUUUGAAUGACAUACACUGAUUAUCAUUGCGUUACUUGUCGAUACAAUAUGCUGGGGCCACGGGUGAUGUCAAACGCAUAAUAUAUCAAACGUAAUACAAAAGACAUUAAACGUGUCUAUGAUUUACCAGUCUGGUAAUGAACACCGUUUACGUGUGUGUUCAUACCGUUCGCAAUACGCAAAAUACGAAAGCGAAAAAAAAAGAGAAAGAAAGAGAAAAAGAAACAUAAUUCUUAACACAGAUAUCGGUGGGCGAGGCCUACUAUUUUUAUCCGACUUUAUAUUUCAUAAAAGUGUAAGUCUCUAUAUACAUUUUUGUUAAAAUGUAUUGUUUUAUAAUAAGUAUGUCUAUUAUAUAUAUAUAGAUAUAUAUAUAAUGAAUACGUUGCAAAGUUUAAUGAUACUGAAAAUGAAAUAAAUGUUAAUCAUUGCAACACUUGGUUUCUAAAUUGAAAUACAUCAUAGAGUAAUAGCCGUACGCGCGACGAUCACAUCUCUCGUGUCAAGCAGAAGCGUUGGGAAGUAUCUCUUGGUGCUAUCGCUUACUACACACAUUACACAGCCAGACGUGUACGCGAGAUAAGGAAAACAGAAGAAAACUAACAAAGUACAUUGAUACAUUGUACAUUGUAGAAUGUAGCCUAUAGCCUGCUGGAGCCUUAAUCUGUUCACUUUACGUUGAGGGAAUAGGGAAUUGCGGGACAGGGGAUCGGGGAUGGGGGAAUACUAUGUACAUAUGUUAUUUGGAUGAAUGAAUGCGACGAUGCGCACCACCAUUUGAUUCUUAAUGCAAUAGGAUUCGAAACGUCUGUGUAAUAUUAUUCGUACUUUGUAAGUUACAUCGUAAUUCAAGGCGUCAUCUCUUCAGCCACAAUAUAAGAUGGCUUUCUCAAAGAGGCUGGAAGGGAGAGAAAGAGAAAGAAAGAAAUGCAGAUUCUUGCCAUUGAUGCUUGUGGACGUUAAACAAACGUACAGAUAAAAACAAACAAUAAAUUGUCUGUUAGCACAUGCGAGACGCAAUAACGAAGUUACUUCUGUAAAUACGGUCGCACAUACAUUAUUACUCGAGUCGUUGUUUGUAUUACGUAUGUAAAUUACAAAAUGGAGUGUUGAGGUUUCGAAUCUUGUCAAAACUCCACAUACACACACACAAAACAUAGUUGCCUACGAUAUUGAACUAGGUAUUACCUACAAUCGAGUGUAUCGUAACAUAACAAACGCAUGUCCUUAUGUAAAAAUUUAAACACAGAAUACAUUUAUCAGUUAAAUUAUGUAUUAUUGAAUGUUAUGAUUGAUUAAAUAAAGUGAUAUGACACUUUA